AUGGACAAGCCCCUUGCUUCCUCCAGUUUCCUGCAUCCUUUCCCCUGGCAAACCUUUAGUCUCAUCUCCAAGCUCAAAAAGUCUGACAAGAACACCUUGCUGGUGCCCCAGGUCCUGCAGCUGCCUCCCACCAAGAGAGACCAGCCGGCCUUCAGAGAACAAAGAAAAGAAAAACUCAAGGAAUAUCUGUCAACACGAAAAACAAUGUUUUCAUACAAACAAGAAAAUCAGAUAUCCAGAGAUCAGAAAGUGAAAAAGUCUGAAGAUCAGGUCCAAGAAGGGAAGAGAGUUCUGAUACUCAAAACAGAAAUGGCCGAUAAAGAAAAUAUUGGAAACACAAGAAACUGCAUUCCAUUAAAAGCUGGUGAUGUAACCAGUUCAGAAAGACACAACCUGAAGGAUAACAUUCAAGCUGUGCAGUUAUUAUCAACUCGAGGUGAUUUCCAAGGACAGAUGAUGACGUCAGACCAGGAAAGUCACCUUAAAGACAAUAAAAAGAUUCAAGCAACAGCAGAAAAGCCUAGACAGGAUGCUAACGUGCCCCAAAAACGAGUGCUUAGCUAUUAUCAUGGCCAGGUUGUUCAGUCCAAGAUUAAUGCAUUUAGAAAGCUUCCGAAUGUCAAAGGUGAGAAUCCAGCAACAAGCAAGAAACUUCCUGUUGCUGUGUCCAAAACCACAAAGGCUCAGUCUGUGCCUGCAAACGCAUCAAACGUGACUGCUACCACCAAGUGUGUCAACGCUAAAUCUGUGAGCACUACAUCCAAGAACACGCUUGUGCGACCACCCAUUAGAAGCCUCCACAGUGAUACCCAGGGCACUGUGAAACAGGGUCUCGGCAGGACCCUCGCCAAUGUGACUGUCAGAAAAGGGCCUUUUAAAAAUGAAUCACUACGAUCAAAACCGGUUGUAUCUGUUGUUGAUACCCGUCCUCAGGACAGAAAAAGAAAUAAGGCACUGUCAAGAAGCGUGACAUCUGAAGGUGUAGCCAGGACUAAUUUGUCAAAUACCAGACUGAUAGAAAAGUCAACAAAUACCGACCAGCGCAGAUAUACAGUAGCAGGAGCGACUGUUCAUAGAUCAGUUCUGCCCAAGGAAACCACAGAAGAGAGAAAAGCUCGAAUGACUGAGUGGAGAACUGGCAAAGGAAAAGGGCUAAAAAGGCCACCUAAUUUAAUAGCUAAUCAGUCUGAGCCCAAAGGGCCAAGUGAAAACCCAGUCGAGUCCUUUUGGACUACCAUGGCAGAAGAAGAUGAACAGAGACUAUUUAUUGAAAAAGUAAACAAGACCAUUUCUGAAUGCCUGAACCUGAUUAAUAAGGGAUGCCCAAAAGAAGGAAUUUUAGGCACAUUGAAUGACCUGAUUCAUAAUACUCCAGAUGCCAAAAAACUUGUUAAAUAUUGGAUAUGUCUUGUACGUAUUGAACCAAUCACAAGUCCUAUUGAAAAUAUUAUCUCAAUCUAUGAGAAGGCCAUUCUGGCAGGGGCUCAGCCUAUUGAAGAGAUGUGACAAACAGUCAUAGAUAUUCUAACAAUGAAGAGUCAAGAAAAAGUUAAUUUGGGAGAAAACAGUGAGGAGGCUCAUGCAACCAAGGGGACAUACCCAGGAAGUCAAAACUGAAGAAACAAGUGUCAAUCUAGA